UGUGUCACCAAGCUCCGACGCCUGGCGAGCUAGCGAACUGAGAGAGAGAGCAUGCUGUGCAGUUGUCACCAAGCUCUUACAGGCUCGGUGCCUUCACCGGCUCGCGUCUCCUCAAACAGUCAUCUUUUUGAACCCACAACACUCUUCUGGAGAAGCUCUCUGCUCCACCGUGGCGGAACCCGAGUCCAUUGCCGUCGCUUCUCUGUCUUUGCCGUCCAAGAGCGUAACCUGCAGGGAGACCAGCAGCUUAGGCUCUCCGUCCUUCGUUUCACCCUCGGGAUACCGGGGUUGGACGAGUCCUACCUUCCCAGAUGGAUUGGUGUGGCCUUUGGAUCUCUCAUUCUUUUAAAUCAUUUUAUAUCGUCUUCACCCGCCCCAGCUCAGCUUAGGUCGGAGGCUUUGGGUCUCUGCUUGUCUGUCUUCUCCACUACAUUACCAUAUAUUGGCAAGUUUCUUAAGACCGAUCAAAUUUACCAGAAGGAAACCAACAAAUAUUUAUUAUGUCUGAAAAUCUCUUAGAUUCUCAAAGGGAAGAUUUAGCAUGGGCAUCAUAUGUUCUCUUGCGCAAUACAAACUCCAUGUCAGUGCUUAUUGUGCUCCAAGAUGCAUCAUGUGUACGUGGCUAUUGGAAUAUGCCCGAAGGUAUUUCCAAAGAUCAAAUACUGGAAUGUCUGACAAAGAAGUUUGAAGAAGUGGGGUUCCUGGAUCUGAAGGACACUCUUUAUUUUCCACAGAGACCAGUGUCAGCAGGUUCUGAACUGCGGCAAAUGCUACCUAGAGGAACAUUUUCUCUGCUCGUACAGCCAGUUUUUGGUGAUUCUUGUGCUUUGGUCGAUAGUAGAACAAAUAUUGAAGGGUUCGUGUUGUUGGCAUCUAGUGCAAAUUAUGCAUAUAGCGACAAAGAUACAGCUUGGAUUAGAACAAUUUCAAACAAAUUUAAAGGUUUCAAGCAUGGCUCUUCAAAUAGAACCAAACUUCACCCUCCUUUAUAGAGGUAAGUGGUGACUAUAAACAGGAAUUAAAUAGGAAAAUUUUUUUGGUCAGGAUCUUAAAAUUACUAUACUUGUUUUGUGAUUAGUGUUUUUUUCAAUUAAGAUUUCGUUUGGGACGGCUUUAUCACUGCUUCUUAAAGCACUUUUUUUGAAUAAAAAUUAAAAUAUUUGUACUUAAAAACUGCUUUAAGAAAUAAUAAGAAAGCCGUCCCAAACGAACCCUAAAUCCCAAGCAAAAGCUGUAUGAACCGAAAUAUUCAGCUGAACAAAACGUUGAAACAAACGAGAUUAUGUAUCAGUCCUUAGCAAUUAGAUUCUUUGAGUGAAAGGUAGCUUGUGGCUUAUUUUACAUUUA